GAACGUAGAGACGUGAUAUUGACAACGGUACUUGCCGGUCAGCAGUGGAUUCUAGCCGUGGAUAAUAAAUCUGUUUUCAAGGAAGUUAUGGCGGCUGCUGUCGACAUUGUGAUAAUGACCAUUAUGGCAGCAGUGAUCUCAGCGUCAACUCUGCCCACCUCAAUGACGACAUGGACGUUGUACACAGACAAGAGAUCCUGGAAUGAAGCACAGUUCUUCUGUGAAGCACUGGGCUCCGAGCUGCUGUACUUGAAAGACGCCACUAUGGAGCAACGUGCUGAACAACUAGGACAACAGGCGCCGUGGAAGACGCAUCUUGGCUUCCUGAAGUCCCACUUUAUUGGACUAUACAACAAGGUCGAGUCUGUCCCAGGCAGCUACUCAUGGUUGGACUGCGAGGUUGCCGACACCAUUACCGCCAACUGGGCCAGUGAACUGGAACCAUUUUUGGCGACAAAACAGUUGUGCUUCAGGUGGUUUCCAAAUAAGGGGUUCGCUACCGCCGAUUGCAAGGCUGACAAUCAAUAUGUCUGCGAAAAAGUUGGAGGCGCCUGUAAUUAUGAGCUGGUCCCUGACAGUCGUGGCGUGGACGUCGCCCCUUAUGAAGCAGGUGCCCUCUCUGUGAGCGAGUGCCAAGGUCUGUGUGACGUGGCUGUUGAGGGAACCAUGGAGUGCUGGGCCUUUACCUCGUCACCAACAAACUGUGAUCUUCAUUUCGCUUCAGACUCAGCUCAUUUCGACAAUAUGGAUAAUGUAGCUACCUCAACAGGAGAAGACCUGUUUAAAAAGUCAUGCUUUGAAAAUGUGGUCAAUGAUACCAACUUUCCAUCGACCGACCUCGUCUCGGCCAAACCUUUCACAUCAUGUCCGGGAUCAGUGGGCACUGGGAAUACAUCGGUGUAUACCUUUUUUUCUACAAACAUGACGUGGUUUGAGGCCAGGGCGACCUGUGCCAGCAACAGUCAGCAACUCGUUGUUCUCCGGACAACAGAAGAGGCCCUGAGGCUCCACAGACUAUUUGGAUCUUACAGUAUGUCUUUCUGGAUUGGUUUAAAUGGAGCUUCAUCGAGUGGGUUUACUUGGGUCGAUGGUUCAAUAAAAACCUGGGAUCACUUCCAGCCCGGGUACCCAACUGUCGGCACAGAGACGGUGUGUGUGGCAGCUAUCCCUAACUAUAACACCACGUGGAUCACCACCAACUGCCAACACAAGCGAUCCUUUGUGUGCCAGAAGCCGGACGGUAAGGAAUAA